GUAGUAAAGGUCAAGUCCUACAACGCACAAACCACGGUCAUUACUGUACGGUGACCCAUGGUGAAUUGGGGAGGGAACGUCAGGGUGUUCCGCCAUCAAAAACAUUUGGACUUUCCCUCUGGUGGGACUAGUGGGGGGAGGACACGUAUGGGAUUCCACCUCCCUUGAGUCUCAUUCCCUCACUUUCCUUGGCCUGAUAAUCUACAUCGGAACUUUAAGCAGCGGGAUUUGAGAGGAGAAGAAGUAAGUAAACGUGAGAUGUUGGGCGCAUGUUCUGGCUCAAGUUUGUAACGAGAAGAAGCAGACUAACCUUAAGGGCUCUGCUUCCCGAUCGUCGGAUGAUUCAAAACCCGGAGGGGGUCUAGAUCAACCGGCCUCAAUCCAGCUUUAUUAGCAUACAGGCUCCCCCGGUCUCCCCCCUCCCUUAAAAUCCGAGUUGAUCUGGAGCUUUAGAGGCGAGAUCCGAAACCUGCUUGUCCAGUUCCUCUUUGAUGUUUUGCGCCGGUAGACUGGAUCUUGGAGAAUGGGACCCCGUCUUCUCGCCCCAUGACAUACUCCUACUCCUCCAACCUACCCCAGGUCCAACCCGUGCGGGAAGUCACCUUCCGCGAGUAUGCCAUUGAUCCGGCUAGUAAAUGGCACCACAGGAACAACCUCCCGCAUUGCUACUCGGCCGAGGAGAUCAUGCACAGAGACUGCCUGCCCGCCGCCAACACGGCCGCCGCCGCUGCCGCUGCCGCCAGCAUGAGCGAGAUGUUCGGGAAAAACACCGCCGCUGUCUACCACGGCCACCACCCGGCUACCACAGCCACCGCCGCCGCCAGCGUCUCGUCCAAUUUCUAUAGCACCGUGGGCAGGAACGGGGUGCUCCCGCAGGCUUUCGACCAGUUCUUCGAGACGGCUUAUGGCACGGCCGACAGCCACUCGGACUAUGCAGGCGAGAAGAACGGAGAGAAGAUGCCCCCGGGAGGGGGAGCCGCUCCCGGGCCAGCCGUCGCCGCUGCCGUCGGCGCAACGUCAAGUUCGGACGGGAGCUGCGCCAGGGACACGGCAUCAGCGGCGGCGGCGGCGGCUGCAGCGAGCGCCGCGGCCUCGGCUGCGGAGGAGAAGGAGCGGCGGCGGCGGACAGAGAGCAGCAGCAGCCCGGCUUCGUCUUCCGGCAACAAUGAGGAGAAAUCCAGCAGCUCCAGUGGACAACGCACCCGUAAAAAGAGAUGCCCAUACACCAAAUAUCAGAUUAGAGAAUUAGAGAGGGAAUUCUUCUUCAGUGUCUAUAUAAACAAAGAGAAACGCCUCCAGCUCUCCCGAAUGCUCAACUUGACCGACCGUCAAGUAAAAAUAUGGUUUCAAAACAGAAGAAUGAAAGAGAAAAAAAUUAACAGGGACCGAUUACAAUAUUACUCAGCUAAUCCACUACUUUAAAAAACUCGUAGCGUUUUUCAAGAUGAGAUUAAAUUCAGAUCUCGCCCAUGACAAGGUCAAGCCACAGGGUUACCUAUGAGAAGGAGGUGUGCAAAUUGACGGAGGACGCUGGGAAAAACCACCAAACUAAUAUUUUUUUUCGUCCCCAUAAAAAUGCAAACCAACUGGGAUUUCCCCCUACUUUUCCCUAUUCCCCUAAAAAAAGUUCUUCUUAAAGCUCUUGACAUAUCAACUGGAAACGGUUUACACCCUGGACCCGCAUUUCCAAACAUGCCACCCCCAUAUUUUGCUCUGAAGGCAAUUUUUAUACCUCUUACGUAUAGACACUGCAACUCAUCCCAAUGUGGGUUCACACGUGAAAAAAGCGGGGAGUGAGUUAUUGGAUUCGUGUCGAUCUAAAACUAUGUUACUUUGGUUUUACUGUGGAACAUUGCUUGAAAGGCUACCCAUGGCUGCACCGGAGCCUGAUGGACCACUGCAAAAGAAAACGUACAGGAGCCCCCACAACCUCUAAAUGCACAGCCGCCGUCCCAUCACCUUCCCCUCCUCGACCCUUAAAAUGACAAACCUUCUUCCGCAAGAGCGGUUACCCUCUUGACCAAGUUCAAAAAAUCUAAGCAGUUGCAAGGCCAUUCAUGAAUGUUUGUAGAGGUGUAGUAGUGUUGAGUCUAACCGUGCUGUUGAUAGGGACUUAUGGCGUGGAAGGUUUGACAGUCUCCUUUUGAUACAAUUUCAGGUAUUAAUUCGCCAUAUAUGGUAAGGAAACAAUCACUGGACAGUCAAACACAUAGCCACGUGCAUUAGCUCUCGUUU